AUGAUGAUGACAGUUAUCGAAGAGGAAGAUUCAGGGUCAUUUGACUCCAACCAAGGUUCCACAAAUCUCAAAGUAGGAACAAGAAACCCAAUUUUCCAAUCUGAGGAUAGUUCCAAUGGUGAUACAGUAGAAGAUCAAGAAAAAUUUACCGGAGAAAGUCUAACACAUCAAGACAGUAUGAAAAACUGGCAUGAGUUCAGGUCUGAAGACUCAAGGCGAGAUUCUAUUAGCAAACCCUCAAAAUCCCAGCAACUUGAGUUUCCAUCACUUGUCAAAGGCCUAGAUCUUGACUUAAGUCAUCAUAAGAUGAUGGACCUACAACAAAAAUCGAGCCUUCCUCGUAAAGACUCAGGAUCUCUUCCAAGAGGAAGUGAAGGAAGCAAAGGAAUGACAAGGAGCGAAAUGAUGCUAGAAAGGGAUUCAUAUGACCGACUAAGCGAUUUUGAGGAUCCAGCUGGCAGAUCUUUUCAUUCAUUAGACGAAAGUCUCACAAGCAAUAUAGGCCAAGGUGGAGCCGCUUCAUCAAACUUCACAAAGAAGCCCUCAAUAGAGGCCAAUGAAACAUUAAAUAAGAUAAUCCAAUCAACAGGCCAAGAAGACCCAGAAAGCAUGCUUUUCACAGUCAUCGAAAGACGUCCAGCUGAUGGAGCUACCAAUAAGCAUGGAUUUUGGCAGAGAAUCGGGCUAAAAGAAAAUAAAGACAAAGACUCUCAAUGGUAUGCUUUAGCACUCGAUGAAUGGAACAAGACUGACGCCCAAAUCAAACAUCUAAAACGAGAAAACGAGACUCAGCUAUAUGAAAUCAAUCAGCUAGAUACAAAUGUAAUGGUAGCUGUCCAAGAAACUAGUGAGCUUGAAGAAAGCUCAUUUCAAAUUAAAAAGAAAAUAAUUGACGAAAAGAUGCAAUUAGAGAUAAAGCUGGAAGCCAAAAAUAGUGAAAUUGACGAGACACUCAGGGUGCAAGAAGAGCUCCUGCAGAGACUGCAGGACUGCAAAGACAGUUAUACCUUAAGAGACGUUGAGGAAGAAGAAAGGGAAGAACGAUGGACUAUGAGAAUUGAAGACUUGCGGUCACAUUUAAUCACAAUUAUGAACGAAAGAAUUGCAGCAGAAAAAGAAUGCAAUGAAAAUCAGGUCUUUUUGGCACAGAUGGAAAAUGAGAGAGACCAGCAAGCUGUGCUGAACGAGCAGAUUGAUAUUUCUCUAGACUUAUUAGGGGAGUCAAUGAAAUUUUUUACACAGUCAGAUAAGCAUUUGAAUUUCACAGCUGAAUUCUGUGAAGUCUUACAAAACUUAAGAGACGCUACUUUUGAAGCAAUUGAAGCUGAAAAAGAGUUUAAAAAGGAUGCACAAACGGACCCCAGAACUAUCAUGCCUUAUUCAAGACAAUCAGAGUUUUUGCCAGGAGCUUCAACUCGACCUGAAAAAACACGACUCCUUAAAUUCAACUAG